AUGGAACAGCAUGCGUUCCCGCCGUACGUCAACGUGCCACCAAUAGCCAAGAGUAAGCUUUAUAAGUUUCAAGUAAACAGAAGCCAGCAAAAUGCCAUUGAAAUUUGAUUCCUAGAUUCAUGUGAUAAACUGACAAUAUCAUAUGACCACUUAGAGAGAGUAUAAACAACCAAUCAUUAUCCUUUCCAGCACGAAGCACAAGCCAUCUAGCACCGACGCCCGAGCAUCACAGAUCAGUUAGUUACGAGGAAACGACGACGGCAUCGACGAGCACUGAUUCCGGUAGCGAAACGCACGGUCCCGUUGGCUUCCUCUCACCUUCAGUUCCAGUCGUUCGCAUUCGAUCAGAGAGCUCUCAGGUCUCGUGCGAAUCCGAAAUUCCCGUUCCUGCUCCUAGAGUGCGUUGACGCUUCUCUCUUAGAAUGACCUUAUUCCCUUCUGUUUCAGAUGUACGUGGCUGCAUACGAGUACACAGCACAGAAAGACGACGAAUUGGACCUUCCGCUCGGAUCUAUCGUCAAACUGGUCACCGCUGAAACGUGAGUUUUUAUAUCUUUAGCCACUAAUGGGCUCCGCAUUCCCUUGUGCGGGUAGCGGAUAGAUCAAAAAACCAAAUCCACUUUACGUCGGUUUAUUUGCAAAGAAUUGAAGGCAAGAAGAUGGUUGGUUCCGAGGUGAACUCGAGGGAAAAGUGGGAUUAUUCCCAUCCAACUACGCAAGAUUACUGCCCGAGAAGGACAGCCUCGUGGAGUACGGCGCCAACGAAAUCCAAGCGCCGGAUGGAGGAAAGGAUCUGGAGAACUUUCGAAUCGGACACGGAGCCACCGCCACCGUCUACAAAGUGGACAUUAGGACGUACUUACAAGUGAGCAAUUAGGGUUGUAAAUCGAGUUCCAAGAUCAAUAUUCAGGGUGGUCAUAUGGGGGAAGGAUUGGAUCAUCGGAAGGCGGCGCUGAAACGAUUCAACAAGUACGCAUUCAAUACUCGAGGAGACGCGUCGCAUGCGAACCAACGUGAGAUCUCAACAUUUCCAAGGGAUGCAAUCUUAAGCCCUUGUUUACAGUAGAUCACCUGAAACGAGAGGCUAAUCUGGUCAAUGGACUUUCGCAUAACAACAUUGUUCGUCUUCUCGGAAUCUGCCUCGACGACAUCUAUUUUGGGCUGUUGUUGGAGCUCUGCGAAGGUUCGAUUUCACCUGACAUUCAACCUCCUCAACUUGUGUUUUGAUAGGGGGCUCACUGAGAACUGUGUGUCACAACAUGGAAACUACGAAGGCGAUUCCGUUGGGAGUGCUGGUGGACUGGGGAGGGCAAGUGGCGGACGGGAUGCAGUACCUGAUUAAGGAGGGAUACGUGCACAGAGACUUGAAGGCUGACAAUGGUAAUCACGUUGAAAACAGAUUAAAAAUAUCAAUGAUGUUUGCAGUGCUCGUCAAAGAAGAAGUGUGCCUUUGCAUCGACGAAGAGACAAUGAAGUAUGACUGGUGCACCAAAUGCGGUCGAAGACCUCUUGACAAGCUGCAGCUGAAGAUCACAGACUUUGGAGUGACGAGGAAAAUGAACACCGAUGCGAAUCGAGUCAGUACAGUUGGAACUUACGCCUGGCUCGCUCCAGAAGCGUUCAAGAACAACACGUGGUCCGAGUCUUCCGACGUCUGGUCGUUUGGAGUCGUGCUUUGGGAACUGCUCUCGCGCGAAGAACCCUAUCAGGGACAAAUUCCGGCCGCCAUCGCAUUCCAAAUUGCAAUGCGGGGACAAAGUCUUGCUAUUGACGAGAAAUGUCCUGAAAAAUGGAAGAAUAUCAUGCAGAAGUGCUGGGCUAUCGAGCCGAGGGACCGGCCGACGUUCCGCCAGCUGGUGCAGCACUUUGCAGACUACAAAAGAGAAUUGGAGGAGAAGUACGUGCACGUGCGGAGAGCACCGUCCAUCAUGGCCGUCAAGGGUUCUUCAAUCUACACGGAAUGUCAUGUGGAUCCGAGAAAAGAGUGAGUUUCAAUCAAAUGUCAUGAAAUCUCUAUAAUAACACGUUCAGAAUCGAGAAAAUGUUCAACGAGUUGUACGCGGACACCGGUAUUAGGGACCGGAAGGACCGUUUGUCGAUUGCUCCGGAGACCAAGGCCAGAAACUUUAAGAGUCCGAAAGGGAAAAAGCUGGAGAUUACCGGACCGAUGGGAGACGUGAAGCACAUUCUGUCUGUGCAAAGGGACAAAGCGAACGGGGACAACUUCAGGAUCAAGUGUAUGUUUUUUUGUUUUUGCACGAGAAAAGCACGAGCCGUACCUCUAUUGUGUUGUGAGACGUUGGUGAAAUUCAGAUGGCGACGGCAACUCGACGGGCGGCACGCUUCCGCGGCUGAACGGCCGGCAGUCGACCCUGUCGAUCAGCAGUCCGGACCUCUUCCAACUGUCCGACAUCUUCAGCGAAGGAAGCAGCACCAUCGGACUGAGUGCUUCUCGGAUCUCGCGACAGAAAGCGAUCCGGAAGAAGAAGAAUCAUAACAACAUGUCGGGAAUCGAUUCACCUAUCGUUUCACCCACCAUUGAAUCGGACUCUUUCGCACGAAGUAGGUGUUGUGAUUGUCAUUGUGGCAAAUUACUGAAAUUUGUAAACAUUAGAUGUGCUUUCAGUAGACAAUGCGUACGAAGUGGAGCCGAGCGCUUCGAAGGAAAUAAAGAACGGAACUCUCUCGAAGGUCUGGUCUAAACUGCGAUUUCACAAAAGGGACUCGAAGGAGGAGGACGACAAGGCCGGAAACAUUUCGAGCCGCUCGAGCUCGACCACUUCCAACCAUAGGAUAAUAGCUGGACCGGCGAGCCGAUCGGCAGUUGCUCCGCCCUUCCUGGAGACUGGAUCUCGGUCACGAGCACAGUCAGCUGCGGACUGUUGGGACGAUCCGAGUGUGUCAAGGUAAUAGUAUGAGCCAAAGGUUGAAAAGAAGAAAAUGAGAGAUGAGUUUUCAGAAGGAACAAGGUGUCGCCAUCCGACAGACGGCCAGUAAAACAGACGAAUAUGACAGAGUAAGUUGAAGUGAUAAAGGCGGGAUACAGACAUGUGAGUCAGCAGACAAACAGAAACCGGUUUCCGGUUUUCAGUUUUCAGUUAUGAAUCAUGUCUCUCCCGUCAAUAAGAAAUACCAUCAUGACUCACGUUGUUUUCAGACGUUUCGUAAAAGAAUCCGACAAAGAUUCAGUGCUCCGUCCAUCGCAUUUGCCGACGUAUCACCGGAAGAGUGCUCUCGAUCAGACGAUUCCGGCGAGUCCGAACUCACCCGACUCGACCACCAACUUCCCUCCGUUGCAAUUGAGUUCUCGCAGAACCACGGCCGCUUCUUCGACGGACGGCGCGCCGAGUUAUGAAAUGCUCGUGACUAAUAUCUCGCAGGGGGUCGGCCACGGCCAUAGAAAUCAGAUAAUCCAGCCUGUAAGUCUGUGGUCAGCAAGGAUUUCAUUAAAAGUGCGGGGGUUUCAGAGUCUGUCGGAUUAUGUUCCGAUUGCUGCCGAGCAGCCGACCCAUUACCUAUUGAAAAAUGGAAUCAUUUACGAUGGAAAUGGACAUGCGCAUGGGAGUCACAUGGGAGGAAUCGGACACGGAAAGCCCACCUACUACCCGGUUGGCGGAGGCUGCGACGACUACUACCAAGUGCCCGGCUCGGGACACGUGAAGCCGACGGUCGGAGAAGUGCACAACUCACCGUACUCCGAGAUGGCCAGCCACAUUUACAGCCGAAACGUGCAGAAUCCCAAUACGUUCAUUGCAAAGUGAGUGAGGAGAUCAUUGCGCUCACGCCAAUCUCAUCUAUUCAGGCUCAGAAACCAGCGGUGAAACUUCCGACGGUGCCGAUCAAAAUUCAUUCGGAAAGCAAUUUGGCUGGCAUAGAACGGCUAAACGGAAUCGGGUGAGCGGGGGAAAAUGACACUUUUAUACUGCCGAGGGGGCGGGGUGACUCAUUCGAGAAUCGACGGUCUCGCUGCAGCGGUAUGUGUCAAGGGGGUGAGAACGAAAGUAAGGGAAAAGAGAAAGAGAACGAAUGAAAAAAACGAGAUGAAAUGUCUGAAAGUAUGACAACUCACGAUGAGUAAAGCUUGUAAGAGAGGGCAUCUUGAUACAGUUUAUUCAAGACGGUGUAACUCAUCUGCCGGUGGAAAUAUCAAGAAGGUGUCAACUAAUAAAUUGCUCAUUGAAACAUUUUACACAUUUCAUCAGUUGAACACUUUUUGAUAUCUCUACAAAUAGCUGAGAUACAUAGCUUUGAAAUAUUGGUAUUGAGGUGAUGUUCUGGCAAUUCUAUCCAGAAAUGCGUAAUUUCCAGAAACUGUGCAAGUUCGUACUCUCUGAAUGAGCCGCCCGACAUGAUUGCACCGCAGCUCCCUCGAAUUUCAAUGUCUCCGCCGACGCGAUUGGCUCCCGCUCUUCCUCCGCCGCGAGACGAAUCCGUCUCUCCCAACCCGAUGGGCAUUAUGGACAAGGAGAUUCUGAAGGCCAACGUCAUCAACGAGACGAGCAUCUUCUGA